CCUGGUGCGAUCUCGCCAGGUUGAGGCUGCGACACAGGCGGCGACGGUUGCAGCAGCUGCGGCGCAGCAGCCGCAGCCGCAGCCGUGCAAUGUCGGCGGCGACGGCAAGGAGGGUCCGGCCCUGGCAUCAGCAUCAGCACCGCCGCCGCCGCCACCUGCCGUGUCGUUGCCGUGCUGCAUGAGUCCCGCGGCGCGUCGUCGGCAGUUGGAGGCGUACGAGGCGGAGUGUACGGCAAUACGGAUACGGCGACUAGCUGCUAGGUGGGAGGAGGUGCAGCUGCGCAGCAGGGGGCCCUCCAGGCAGGCCAACCGUCGCAGUCGAGGUGCCUCCGGGCGGCAUGCGGCCCUCGUGGUGAGCCCCCCGCCCGCUGACUCGCCCGCCUCAGCCAUGCAGGGAGCUGGGGCGGGGGAGGAAGAGGGCCAGGAGGCAACAGCAGCGGCGGAGGCAGAGGCGGAGGCUGCGGGAGUUACGAGGGCGUCAGCGGCGCUGCCGGCUUUGGAUGAGGGUGAUGGGGAGGAGGCGGUGCAGGAGGGCGACCAGUCGGCGGCGGUGGAGGAGCACCGGCCCACGCCUGCCUGCCCAACGCUAAGCAAGCGCCGUACGCGGGAUGACGCUGAGGUGGAUGCUUCCUGCGGGACAAGGAGCGACUCUGACGGCAGUGGUAGCGGCGAGGGGGGCGCUGGGGCUGCGAAGCGCUGUCGGAUGUCGGUUGUCGACAGGGCGUCGUGUGGGCGGGAGCCGUCGCCAACAAAUGCGUUGUCGCCAACAGAGGCAGCUGCGACUUCAGCUGCGGUAGGGGAGGCGGACGCGGAGGCAGUGGAGGAGGAGCGGGGCUCAGCAGCAGCCGAAGCAGCUGCAGCAGCAGCGGAUGCCAUGGAGGCAGAGGGUCCCGGCGGGGGCUCGCGGCCUGUCAGGUGCCGCGGAAACCCGUCAGCUAGCGUGCAGGCUGUGGCUGAGGCAGACUCCCUGUUCCCACCACCGCCGCCGCCGCUUCCGUACAGUGUAAAGGCUUUGGCAGCGUUAGCGGGGAAGCCCCUGCCGCCACCGGGCCCCGCCGACCCUGGCGUCAGCGGCGGCGACGUCGUGUCACUGUCAGUACCAUCAUCUGCAUCUUUGGCUCACCGGGCAGAUCUGUCGUACGGCGAUGCGACACUUGCCUGUCGUACACAAGCAGCGCUAGCAGAUCUGUACGGCAUCCUUGCGGACGUUGAUCUGCUUUCCGUACAGCGCGACACGUACCCGACAGUUACCGGUGCUUGUCCUGUUCGUUACCAGGCCGCAUUCACCUGCGUAAGGCCCAUGCAGCUGGGUACGAACAUAGCGCUGGAGCCCCCUGUACGAGCGUUAUGCUCUGCCGUACAACAGCAUAACGGCACCCUGUCGUACGGCAAUGUCCGUACGCCUUGGGUCCUCGCGGAUGCCAUACGGGAGCAGGAGGACCUUCCAGGACCACUGCUGGCGCUGUUGGCGGCGGAGGCGGAGUGCCAGGCAGCUGGUGUGGAUAGCGGCGAGCCGGGUGGACCCAUGGGUCAGUGGGCCGCGUCGGAAGUUGCCGCCGGUGCAACGCGGCUGGCCCAGGCUGCCGUAACGGCUCUCAACGUCCAACAACUAUCGCUGCCGGUGCAGCAGCAGCAACAACAACAGCAGCAGCAUCCGCAUCAGUCGCCUAUGCCUUCCCCUUGGCUCCUCUCCUCCCUCCGCGGUGCCCUUCUCGACGUUUCUCCGCAUUGCGCCACCGGCGGCACCGAAGCAACGCUGGAGCGUCUGGCUGC